ACCAUGUAUUGUGGAAUAUUCCUGGAGCAAAGUCUGAUAUUAAAUAGAAGAAGAGAUGACAAAGAUCGAGAUUUCAGACAUUAUAAAGAGAAAAACAAGAAUGCUCUAGGAAUUUUACAGCUGGAAUCUGAUCAAGAACCAGAAACUCAAGCACGGGGUUCCUUAAGGACAGAUGUCACACCAAUGCUAUACGUGUGCGCCACCAUGUGGCACGAGACUGAUACUGAAAUGAUCCAGAUUUUAACCUCGAUAUUUAGGUUAGAUUUGGAUCAGUGUACAAGGAAACAUGCAUACAUAUUUUUUGAUGUAAUGGAUCCUGAUUACUACGAAUUUGAAGCUCACAUAUUCUUUGAUGAUGCCUUUGAAUCCCAUGACGACGAAGAGUUUGAAUAUCAGGCUAACGCCUUUGUAAAGCAGCUGGUUAGUGUUAUUGAUAGAGCUGCCAGUAUCGUCCAUCGAGUUCAAGUUAAAAUGGAUGACCCUAACAAGUAUCCUACACCAUACGGUGGUCGACUCGAGUGGCAUCUACCGGGACAAAAUAAACUCAUUUGCCACAUGAAGGACAAAGCUAAAAUACGUCACAGGAAAAGGUGGAGUCAGGUUAUGUAUAUGUACUACUUACUGGGACAUCGUCUUGUAGGACAACCUUUACCAGACGCUAGAAGAAAGCAGACGAUAGCUGAUAAUACAUAUAUAUUAACAUUAGAUGGGGAUGUGGAUUUUAAACCCUCGGCUGUUCAACUCUUGGUGGACAGGAUGAAGAAAAAUGAAAAGGUGGGAGCUGCUUGUGGAAGAAUUCAUCCAAUCGGAACAGGCCCAAUGGUAUGGUAUCAAAAAUUCGAAUAUGCAGUCAGUCAUUGGUUACAGAAAGCUACAGAACAUAUGAUUGGAUGUGUUAUGUGCAGUCCCGGUUGUUUCAGUUUAUUUCGAGGAUCGGCCAUAAUGGAUGAUAAUGUUAUGAGGAAAUACGCAACUCUGUCUACAGAGGCAGCUCAUUAUGUUCAGUAUGAUCAAGGUGAAGAUAGAUGGUUAUGUACCCUUCUGUUACAACAGGGCUACCGUGUAGAAUAUUGUGCUGCUGCUGAUGCCUAUACUUACUGUCCAGAAAGCUUCAACGAGUUCUUUAAUCAGAGACGUCGGUGGUCUCCUUCCACUAUGGCUAACAUCAUGGACUUCUUAAGUGAUUGGCGAAAUAUGAUUAGAAAGAAUGAGAACAUUUCGUGGAUGUAUGUCUUAUAUCAACUCCUGCUGUUCUUCUCCUCCAUAGUGACUCCGGGCACCACUUUUCUACUCAUUGUAGGUGCUAUCAACAUGGCUUUCCCAACUCUAGAUCUGCUUGAUGCACUACUUGCUAAUCUAGCUCCUAUCUGCCUCUUCAUGGUCAUCUGUUUUGUGGCGAAAUCGGAAUGGCAGUUACGUAUGGCAGCCAUCUUGUCAGGUGUAUAUGCUCUUGUCAUGAUGUUAGUUGUAGUGGGUUUGGCUCUGUCUGUGAAAACAGAAGGUAUUUGUGCACCAGCAACCAUCUUCAUCAUCUUUCUAAUAGCCGUCUUCUCAAUAUCCGCUAUUAUGCAUCCGAUGGAGUUCCUUAACAUAUUUUAUGGUGUUCUGUAUGUUCUGGCUAUUCCCAGUAUGUCUAUGUUGUUGAUGAUAUAUUCCAUGUGUAAUCUUCAUGUCGUAACCUGGGGAACCAGGGAAACCACAACAGCUGUCACAGUCAACCAGAAAAAUAGCAAACCAAGUAAAGAUGGCAGACUUCAAUCGUUGUUGAACAUGUUCUCCAGCAAUAAACCAGAAUUGAAAAGCGAGUAUGGAUUCUCCUUUGGAAACCUGUUCCGAUGCAUGUGCUGUCCUCGAACUGUGGAGAAUACUGACGAAGUCCGAUUUAGUGUGAUUCUGGACAAGCUGUCCAAGAUUGAGAGUGCUGUUGGUGCUAUUAGAAAUGGCUAUCAAUCCGUUCCAACUACACCCAAUGAUGUCGCUAAUAUAGCAGAAAUCAAAUCACUAAAUGAUGACAUGGCAGAGAAAACUGCAACUAUCAAUGGUGAACCAGCUGAUAUUUCCAAAGAGCAAGAAGCCAACAGUACUAAUGAUCUGUCACAGAGUGUUCGAACUAAUCAGUUAGAUGAUGAGUUUUCUCCUUACUGGUUGCGAGAUAAUGAUAUUGGUGAGGGACGAGUUCGGUACUUAUCACCAGAAGAGAUUCGUUUCUGGAAAGACUUAAUUUCCAAAUAUCUGUUCCCGUUGGAAAAUAAUGUGGAGCAUCAGAAGAAGAUGAAAGCCGACUUGAAGGAAUUACGAAACAAGAUGUGCCUGAUGUUUUAUCUCCUAAACGCCUUGUUCAUUGUUAUUAUUUUUACUUUACAAUAUACCAAUGCCAUUCAAGGAGGCGAUGGACUAGCUAUACCUUUACCUUGUAAAACCGUUGAUGGUAGCCGAAAACUAAGCUUGGAACCCAUCUCUAUGGUGUUUAUGGCGGUUUUUGGAGUUUCCUUACUCAUUCAGUUCAUCGCAAUGUUCUUUCAUCGUAUGAGCACUUUCCUGCACAUUAUAGCCUCGACUGAUGUAAACUGUCUCAAAAUGAAUCAAUCCGAAAUCGCUGCUAUGGAUAUUUCUGAUAAGCUGGAAUUGGUUCGACAAAUGCAGAGUUACACCGAAGACGACGAUACCAAAUCUAUUUCCUCGCUUGGAUCUUGUGACAGUAUCGAGGAUGAUAGCAGCAUUACUAACGAUGAUUCGCCCAAACCCAGACGACGCAAAACUGUGAUGAGAUUGACUAAACGUCGACGAAAGCCUCCAGAGCAAUCGGGUAACCUCACCUCAAAGUUCAUGUCCCGAUAUUUGAAACUGGCUAACGAUUUGAAGAAAGAACGUUUGUCUGAAAGUGGUGACAUUUCCAAUGGUAUAAAGAAAGACAGUAGUAGUAAAAAGAAGAGGAAAGGUUCAUUUAAGAGAUCGGACCGUGCCUUGAAAAAAUUGGAACAACACAAAUCCGCAGUCCUAACAAAAGCCCAGAAGUUCCAAAGAUACAAAGGCAUGUCGAAUGGUGAAAAUGCUAAGGGCGAUCCAUGGUUUAAGAUGAUGAAGAAUGCCUUAACCACAUCUCGAUCUAGCCUAAAUACGAUUGGCGAAGAAGACCAUAAAUACAUGUCUCGGGGAAAAUUUAAAAGAUCAAACAGCCUUGAUGGAAGUAACACAUUGGAAAGAGAGAAAAUCACAGAAUUCCGUCCAUCACGGGCCAGUUUCGGUGCAUACUCGCCAGCUCAAUUAGAAUCUGUAGCAGAAGUACGAACAGCUGAGCAUUUUGUGGACAUCGAUAUGGAUGGCAGUAGUAGCAGCGUCAAGGAAGAUAACUCUAGUUUAGACAGUAACGAAGCUAAUGAAGACAUUGAACUGAAAGACUUAGGCGACAAUAGUAAUAAUCAGAAACCGACAAAAUUAUGACCGAUUCGAGAGACCCAUAGUUAAAAUGAAUCCCCAAAUUAGAUCGUAACGAAAGAAUUAACAGACGUCUUAUUCAUAGACUAAAACCGGGGGGGGGGGACAAACGCGAAAAUUUGUGUUUUUAAUGGGUUCUUUUUAAAUAUAAUAAAUCCUUAAUAAAUUGGAUGUAUUGCUGCACAGUGAACAAUUACGGUUUGUUUGUGAUGGGUAUUGCAAUUUCUUAUGAUGCUGAUUAAUGUACCAUGGAGGAACAGCUCACUAUUGUUUCGGGACUUGACUAGUGGUACGCCAAGCACCACAGUGUCCAAUGAACCUUUUGUGAUAUUUGUGCCAAAAGCUACCCUUGAACAGCUUUAUGUCACAGAAACUUGUGUUACGAUUUAAUAAAUCAAAGAUUCUAAUCUUGAAAAUGACUCGUACAACAGAAAAAUAACGAAGAAAAAACGAAAAUCAAAACAAUUUUCUAUUGAUAAUUGUUAUUAUAUCAAACAAUGACUGUGAUAUUUCUGUUAUUAACGUUAUUUUUAUAUAUGUUAUAUAUGUAUUUAAUAUGUAAAUAUCCAUUAUAUUUAUAGAAUAACAUAUUCUUGUUAUUAUACAAAUAUUUAUGUUAUUAUAAACAAUUGUUAAGGAUAUAUUUAUACAGAAAGUGCUAUGUAUUUUGUGUUCAGAGUGCGAUAGAUUUGCAAUAAAAGUAACUAUUUGGUUGCUUGAUUUGUAUUUCCCUUAUAGCACACUGCAUGGCGUAUGCCCGUCUUCAUUAGCCCAGUUCGGAGCAGAACAGUAGGACGUUAAACCCGAUUUCAUUUCAUUCCAUUUGUAUUACUUAUUGAUGUUUUUAUAGAUUCAAGGAUGACAUCAUAACCUGUAACAAAUUAACGAAAAUAUUUUCUUAAAAUUUGUUUUAUUAUUAUUAUACACGAUGGUUAUACAAUUUCGAUGAUAAAAUUUUAGUUUGCUUUUUAAAAAAACUGUUAGUAUACAGCAGAAAAAAGGUUUUUACAUUUUAUGUAUUUUUGUGUGGUUUGUUGACAUUAUGACAAUAAAUGGGGUAUAUUUUAAUUUGAUUAUCUGAUAAACCUGAUAAGGUGAUACUCACAAAAAUGACUUGCCUUGGUGAUACUUACAAAAGGUUGAUACUCACAAAAUGCUUUUAAUUAAUUAUAUGAUACUCACAAAGCGCUUUUAAUUAAUGAUACUCACAAAAUGCUUGUAAUGAAUUAGGUGAUACUAACAAAAUGCUUUCCCUGAUUAAGCAAUACAUAUAAGUAUUGUUGUGACUGAUCAGGCGAUACUCGCAUUGUUUUGUUUGUUUUUUUUACAUAUUUAACUGAUAAUCAAUAUGCUUUUAAGAGGGGUUUGUAAUUUUAAAGUACGUUUUAACUAGAAAGUGGUACUGAGAUUAAGGGUAGCAUACAGUGGGAUUUUGUUUUCCAGAUUCAAACUCAAAUGUUUUUGUUUCCAAGCAAUUGUAAAAUUCGAAUCCGGGCGGCUGAAUCGGUAAAUCUUUGUAUUCAAAAUGGUUGUCAAAAAUAAAAUCUUUAAAAUCCUUCAUGCCAAUUCAAUCUGGAAAGAGGGUCUAGAUUUGGAUGCGCUUGUAUUGAAACCAACCUUUAAAGAAACGGUUUUCUUUUUUUUAAUAUAUUUAAAAGGGUAAAAUGUUAUUUAGCCAAUAAAAAAGUCAGUAGAACUUUAUCUAGUCAGUAAAGGUGCUUUAUUUUUGUGAUUAUUUUCUUGGCACAAUAUUGGUAUCUUAUACAACGUGGUCGUUACUUUACUUCGUAUAUAAGUUUUAUUAACUAAAGCAGUCGUUUUCAACCGGGGUGGGUCGAUAAUACAAGAAUUACAAAAGUGAUAGGACCAGUGGACGUCCGGAUUUAAUACUGCUUACCCAAACAUGUAACUAAUAAAUGGAAGUCAGGGUAUCGAGAUUUUUGUUAUUUGAUUGUGGAACAUAGUGAUUGUGGGCUACAAGGCGGGGGGGGGGGAUAAUUGGAGAGCGCAAAACUGAGAGGGGGUGGGGGGCGAGGGCGGUUAAAAAUGGUUUAAAACCACGGAACUAAAGUAUAAUAAAAAGCUUUUUUUCACCAAUUAAUGCAUUUAAACAAAACGGUGAAUUAAUUACUGCCUUACACACAUAUAAUAAUCCAGUCCGAUUUAAUGUCUAAAAUGAAAUAUAACUGCAGUUAUGAUAACACGACUAGUCCAUUUGAAUUCUAGUACCUGUGAUUUUAGAUAUUUUGCCUAUUUAUACAAUAAAUAAAAGUAAUGUGGUAUCUUGGUCAUUGUCAGACCUUCCAUGUAUGUUUGUAUGUUUGUAAUUCUAAUUUUAAUACAGUAUAUAUAUUAUAAUAUAUAUUUUGUGAGCUAUAUAUUAUAUCGAACUUGUAUUUUGUUAAUACUUUUGCCUUAUAUAAAACAUUGAAUGUAAUAUGAUCUAUUUUUAUGUUCAUGUAUAGACUAGAUUUAUAUCUUGCCUUCUCUGAUAUAAGAAUAAAAAAUGACAAAUAGUA